AUUCUUAUUUUAGCUGAACCAGAAAUUUGAUACGGUUUUUUUUUUUUUUUGAAUAACAAGGAGAAACAGAGCCACAAAAACAGCAAAAUAAAAACUAACCUAACUGGAUAAUCUCUUUUCAUCAUCCACCACCUUUACACAAAAAUGGUGGUGGUUGAUCAAAAAUAUGAAAUUCACCUAUUCUAUCACAAGCAAACUUAGCCAAAAAAUAAGCAUAGUAGUUAGCUUCCCUAAAUAUAAGAUUGAAAGAAAUAUUCUAGUCCCUACACAAAAGUAUAUGAGCUCAGAAAUAAUAUCAAAAAAUGGAUGUUGAUCAUUGUUGUAAUGAAAUAGUAGAUUCAAUGCAUCAGCAUAGGAAAACGUUGAGAUUUCGCAUUCCUUUCUCCCAGCACAAAAGAAGACCAUGAACAAUUGCUAGUAAUUCUGUCACAGCAACAGGAUAAUGAUCGACACAAAUGCUGAAGCCAUAUACCCAAUUAGCAUCUCAGUCUCUAACCCAUACAGCAAAGACUCAUACAGCAAUACCAGACGAUAGACUUGAGGGGACCACAAGGAAGGGAGGCUUACGCAGAGGCACUCGAGUAAGGCGUGCCACUUGGAAGCUGAGAAGAGAGUGAACAAAUAUAUUCUGUUAUGACAGAAUAGGGGGUGUGCGGUUUUAUGAGUUUGUCUCUCUCAUUACUUUCUUCCUAGACCACUUGUGGUUGUUUCUGCUUCCUUUUCCCUGAUUUGUUUUCUGCAAUUCUGUUAUGCUGAGAUUAUGCUUAUGAAUUAUCAUAUUCUGGAUAUCGCAUUUUACAGACUAUUCUGAGUUGCUUUCUGCAUAAUAUAUUCAGAACUUUCAUCCAUUUUAUUGGUUUGUUCGUUUCUACUUAUAGUGUAUAACAAUUUUGGUGCUCUCAUUGAGAGAUGGCACAAGUCACUUCAAGGAUCUUUAAGCUGAUGUGAAAACUUUAAGUGAUAACAUUGAACGCAUGCAGGUAGAAUAUAAUGCUAAAAUGGAGUUGAUGGAAUCCAACUCUGACUUGAGAUUAAGCAAGAUUGAGACGGCCAUUGAAACCUUGACAAAAGCUCCCCACGCUACAGCUACCACCAAGGAGUUCGCUGUAAGUUUGCAAUCGUAGAAAAUGCCAUAGAAACCUUCAGCAAAAACAUGGACAUGCAAAACCGAACGAUUGAAGGGCUUCAGUCUUUAGUUAAAUCAGGGGGAAAGGUAGAAGCAAAUGAUAGAGGCUAUUUUUCUAAUGUGAUGCCACAAGUAAAGGUUGAUUUCCCAAAAUUUGAUGGUUCUGACCCAUUACAUUAGAUCUUCCAUGCAGAGCAGUACUUUGCUUUUUGUGAGACCCCAGAUUUACAGAGAGUCAUAUUGGCUGCCAUUAAUUUUGAGGGGAUUGUCAUACCAUGGUUCUAGAUGCUAUAAAAAAUCCAUGUGAUCACUAAUUGGACUUUACUCGUGAAGGCUGUGGAAAAAGAGUUUGGGCCAUCUCCAUACGAGCAGCCCAAGGCCAAGUUGUUUAGACUAGUGCAAACAGGAAUUGUAGAUGAUUUUUAUCUUGAAUUCAUGACUUUAGCAAAUCGGACUGAAGGAGUGACCAAUGAAGCCUUACUUGAUUUAUUCAUCAGUGGUCUGAAGCCAGAUAUUCGGAGGGAGGCAAUCACUCAUUCGCCCCUGAAUCUACAGUUAGCGGUUGGGCUAGCAAAAUUUUAUGAUUCAAAGAGAGAUAUAUUCUCAGUGCCGUCAAAGUCAAAGGGUGGUAUGAAUACCAUCGAAAAUUCACAAGAAAUAGGGGGAAAUUCCAUUGCAGCGUCUAUGAGUAAUGCUUUGAGUUCGGGAAUGAAGAGUACUCUACCCCCAUUGUUAGCCACCCCUGUGAUGAAAUCAUUGAACAAUUUGAAGAAGAUGAGUCCAGCCGAGAUGAUGAUUAAAAGGGAGAAGGGAUUGUGUUAUACUUGCGACGCCAAAUUUUCACUAAGUCAUAGGUGUCCCAAUAAGCAAUACAUGUUAAUUGAAUGUGAGGAUAGGGCUCCGAAAGAUGACCCAGGAGGACAGAAGAGCGAAGGGUCGAAGGAUGAUAAUGAAGAACUGACCAUACACCAUUUAUCACUGCAAGCCUGCCAAGGAAAACCGGUGGCUGGCGCAGAUGUGGUGAUUGGAGCAUUAUGGUUAGCUACCUUGGGUCCUCAUGUUGCUGAUUACACAGUGGGGCAAUCUUAUAUAAAAUGUUGUAAUGGUGAUGAUUUCUUAACCUUGUUAGGAAAGCAAGGUCCUACUGUCUCACAGGCAAAACUACACCAGUUCCAAUGAUGAGUGAACAUGAGUGCUAUCUCAGAAUACUACUUGUUGCAGUUGGAAGUUAAGACUGAACCCGAGACCAGUGAUUUGAAGAUUGAGGAAGAAAUUCCUAACGAGAUGAAAGAGUUGCUACAGAAAUAUCAACCAAUAUUUGAAAAACCCCACGGACCUCCCCCUAAACGAGCCCAAGAACACCGGAUUCAGUUAGUUGAAGGGACAGGACUAGUUAAAGUAAGGCCUUACAGGUAUCCCUUCAGCUGAGAUGGAAAAAAUGGUGGCAGCAUUACUAAAUGAAGGAUUGAUACAGCCAAGUAAUAGUCUCUUCUCUGCCCCAGUGAUUCUGGUGAAAAAGAAAGACGAAACAUGGCAUUUUUGCGUGGACUACAGAGCAUUAAAUGUAGUGACAAUAAAAGAUUCUUUCUCGAUGCCUACAGUAGAUGAACUCUUGGAUGAAUUAGGUGGAUCCAAAUAUUAUUCUAAGCUCGAUUUACAAUCAGGAUAUCAUCAAGUGCUUAUAAAUGCAAAGGAUAGAGAAAAGACUGCCUUUUGUACUCACCAAGGCUUAUACGAAUGGCUUGUGAUGCCUUUCAGGCUCACCAAGGCUCCUGCAACAUUCCAGGCACUCAUAAAUUCAAUCUUGCAGCCUUUCUUACAUAAGUUUGUAUUGAUUUUCUUUGAUGAUAUGCUUAUCUAUAGCACCUCUUGAGCUCAACACCUAGAACAUAUGGAAAGGGUGCUUGAGGUGAUGCAUACAUAUAAGUUAUUUGCAAAAAUGACUAAGUGUUCAUUUGGAAGAAUACAAGUAAAAUACUUGGGACAUGUAAUAUCAGGCAGUGGAGUGACUAUGGAUCCUUUUAAGGUCAGAAUUGUACAGCAGUGGCCUACUCCAAAAAAUGUGACUUAAUUACGGGGUUUCUUGGGGCUUUCAGGAUAUUAUAGGUGAUUUAUUAAGCAAUAUGCUCAUAUUACGCAACCUCUUGACACAAUUAUUACAGAAAGAUGCUUUUAAUUGGUCUAUGGAGGCUCAAAAUGCGUUUGACUAACUUAAGCUGGCUUUCACUAAAGCACCUACUCUAGCUUUGCCUGAAUUUGCCAAACUUUUAUACUAGAGACUGAUGCAUCGGGAUAUGGCAUAGGAGCUGUCUUAAGUCAAGAUGGACAUCCUGUUGCAUAUUUUUCUAAGCAAAUCUCACAUCGGAUGCAAGCUCAGUCCGCUUAUGUUAGAGAACUUUAUGCCAUCACCCAAGCUGUAUUUAAGUUUUGCCAUUACUUGUUGGUAAUCACUUCAUCAUCCGGACCGACCAAGAAAGCUUGAAACACUUGCAGGGUCAAGUUAUACAAACUUCCGGAACAGGAACAAUACCUUCCAAAAUUGAUGGGAUAUAGUUUUUCUAUUGAAUACAAAUCUGGAAAAACUAAUCUUGCUGCUGAUGCAUUAUCCAGGGUCACUUGUAUGAGUUUGGUUCAGGUUCAAUCCACACUAAUUAAUGACAUUUGUCAAGCAGCUCGAGUGUCCUAACACAUACAAGAACAGGUUGCACGUUUUGAACAAGAUCCUAGUGCAAUGAUUGGAUUUUCUGUUAAAGAUUCAUUCUUGUUUUGGAAAGGACGUUUGGUUGUUCCUUAUGAUUGUUUUGAGUUGAUUAAUCGGUUACUACUUGAGUAUCACUCUUCAAUUGUGGGAGGACAUGCAGGGGAGUUACGUGCCUUUAAACGCAUUGCGACUCUAUUUUAUUGGCCGAGAAUGCGCCGAGAUGUGCAAACAUUUGUACGACCUUGUAGUGUGUGUCAACAGGCCAAGCACCUUUACACAUCCCCAGCAGGCUUAUUAUCACCUCUACCUAUCCCUAAUAAGAUUUGGGAAGAUAUUGUAAUGGAUUUCAUCACUUAAUUAGGUUACUCAGUUAUCUUUGUAGUUGUUGAUCGUUUAUCUAAAUAUGCUCACUUCUUACCUCUUAGAUAGAAUUAUUCAGCUCAGAUUGUUGCUGAAUCCUUCAUUCAAAAUGUGGUUAAGCUACAUGGUUUUCCUCGUACCAUUGUUUUAGAUCGUGACAAGGUUUUUGUUAGCUCUCUUUGGCAACAUUUGACUAGACUGAAUGGGGCCAAGUUGCAUUUGAGUUCCUCCUACCAUCCACAAACGGAUGGCCAGUCAGAAGUAUUGAACAAGUGUCUUGAAAUGUAUCUUCGUUGUUUUGUAUUUGAUUGUCCAAAACAAUGGCUUGAUUUUUUUACCAUGGGUAGAGUUUUCUUAUAACAUUGCUUUUCAUACAGCCAUUAACAUGUCUCCCUUUAAAGCUGUAUAUGGGAGGGAACCUCCAACCUUACUUCCUACCACUAUUUCAAAUGACUUGCCUGCUGAUUUAUACCAGCAACUCCCAAAAUGAGAUGAAAUCAUUGUCACACUCAAGGCAAAUCUACUGAAGGCUCAGAAUCGGAUGAAGAAAAAUGCAAAUUGAAAACGAUCUGAGGUGCAUUUUACUGAAGGUGAUCUGGUUUUUGUGAAGCUUCAACCUUAUCAUCAGCAUUCGGUAGCACUAUGAAAAUAUCAAAAGCUGGCCUUGAAAUAUUUUGGACCAUUCCCUGUAGUCCAAAAAAUUGGUUCUGCUGCUUACAAGCUUGAAUUACCCACCACUACUAAAAUUCACCCUGUUUUUUCAUGUUUCGUUACUCAAUAAUUAUCAUAUUCUGGAUGUUGCAUUUUAUAGACUAUUCUGAGUUGCUUUCUGCAUAUUAUAUUCAAAACUUUCAUCCAUUUUAUUGGUUCGUCUAUUUCUAUUUCUAUUGUAUAACCGUCCACAUUUCUUAACUCUAUUCCUCACAGAA